AUGAUGUCCGCGUGGCCACGAAUUCACUGCGCAAUCUAUACUACUAGAUUUUUUAUUUAUAAAUUCCGGCAAAACAAAAUUGAGAUUUUAUUCAGAAAUGUCUUCGGGAUACUGGUGAGCAAAUUUAAGCACAAGCUCGCGACAGAGGCUGACGAGCGUGGAGUAUCGCCUGUUGAGAUUGUCGAGAUCGUGAGCAAUUACGUCGACAGUUGUCACGGAUUCACGUCUCGGUCUUUUGACAGAUGCAUCCAGCGAUGGACAAAGCUCUUCAAGCUGUUCCUUGAACGCUCUGAGCCGCUGGCCAUAGAUCUACAGAGGCCGGUUAGUCCGUUAUGGUUAGUAAAUUAG